UCGCCAACGCGUCGCUCGCCGCGGCGCCGACCUCCGCUCAGAUGGCGGCGGCCUUUUGCGCGGGCGCGCAGGCGGUCGGCCGCUACGGCGGCGCAAGCGAGGGCGACCGAACCAUGCUCGACGCGCUGCUGCCGGCGGCCGCCGCGUUCACCGCCGCCGCCGCCGCGGGCGCAAGCCGCGCCGCCGCCCUCGCCGCCGCCGCCGCCGCCGCCGAGGAUGGCGCCGAAAAGACCAAAAUCAUGGAGGCUCACGCGGGCCGCUCGUCGUACGUCCCGAUCGAGGUUCUGCGCGACGUGCCCGACCCGGGCGCGAAGGCGGCCGCUUGCUGGCUCAGCGCCAUCGCCAAGGCCGCGGCCGAGUAGGCGCCGCCGGUGCCCUCUCCGUCUGUUUAGCCCCCCGGCCGUGGGGGAGCGCCCGGCCCUAGCUCAGCCGAGAUUUUCCCCUUUGUUCACCCCUCGUAUUCGCCUGUGUGGCUCGCUUGGUGCACAUGAGCGCGCCCGUGCGUGUUACACGCGACGGGCCAUGCAACAACAUGCAUGGCAUAGCAUGCACCAUGCGUGCCGGAACGAGGUCUUGCUGGGGGCCGUGCUGGGGCACCUAGUUAGCCAUCCGAGGAUCUCGGCUACAUAUAUGUGUGAUGACAUAAGUCACAUUUCGGAACAGAAGUGAAGCGUCGUUGAUUCGACUUUCGAGUUUCGUGGAGUGUGUCCUGGACA